GGGAGGAGUCGACCGGAUGCAAGAAUGAGGGGUUGGUGUUUGUGUAGUGGGAAAAUCUCACAGGUGCCGGAGUCUCAAGUCCAGCGUUCUUGCCUGUCUAGGUAAUAUCAUUUCUCUCGACAAAACUGAGCACGAAAAAAGCGGAAAAGUUUCUUAUUCACACACAGUUGGACGCGCAGUCUAAUAGCCUACAUCACGGUCCGUGGAAAGAACGAGAGAAGAAGCGAUCAAGCAACUUGAUGAAGUUAACUUACCUUAUUUGAUUGCUUAAAACGUUUGGAAAGCGAUAUUUUCGCAAUUCACUUGCUUGUGUUGGAGCGAGAAAGGAGUUUAACGUGCUCUCGAUGCUCGUGAAACACACCCACAUUUAAUCUGUCCGCAAAUUUGAGCGUAGACAUCCGAGGAAGAUUUUAUUUCCAGGCAAACGGUUUCCUAGUGAAGUGAGGUUCUUUCUGUGGAAUUUUCCCAGGCCCACCAGAGCAACAACAGAACUGGAUCUUUCCUGGGUGUUCCGUGCAUCCCCACAAAUAAAUAAUAUAAAUUAUAUGCUGAGGGAUCAAUACAUUGUGACACAUCACGUUUUGGGGCAGGGCAUUGGACAAACCCAUAUGUCCAGAUUUCACAUCAAAAAAUUUCAGAGCGGGAACAUUGGAUAAAAGAUACAGACACGUUAAAGUGAGCUUUUGGCAUAACUAUCAGGUGUUUCAUUGGCUUUGUGUGACGUGGUUGGACCAUUUUGUUGUGCAAGUAUAACCCUUUAUAAACUGAAUUUUGUAAUUGUCUAUUUGCCAGCUUGCACUGGCUAAGAAAAAAAGUGGAUAGAUUUCUCUAUACGUUAAAUGAUAGCAAUUGCCCUUACAGACAAAGUAAUGAAAGAAAAAAACCUGGAUUGUUAUUAGCCAAGAUUUUGCCACUUUUUGAGCUACCACCUUAUGUUCUCGCAUCUAAUGUCCCUGUAACCAUUUUUUACUGUUUGUGUGCUGCAUCUUUCUAUUGCAGCCUCCACUGUUCCUUUUCAUUCUCUACCAGAUCUUUCUGUCCGCACUCCACCCUGCCCUACCACUAGUCCCUUCGCGCCCGCUCCUUUCUGUAUGCCCCACACUCUUCUUGGUGUCUUUGUCUCAUCCAUAAAUUCAUCUAUUACCCUUCUCCCUACUGGCCCUAUCCUUCAAUAGACGUCUUUGGUGUGUCUUUUCUUUGUGUACCCAAACGCACACUCUUGAACCCGUUUUCACACUUUAGCAAGUUUUCUCUCCAACUCCACUUUUCACGCUGGCGGGCACUAUUCCACCUAAAGGAGAGGAGGACUUUUUAACGCUUGCUGCCUCCCGGCUCAGCCGCCGCAAGCGUGUCAUAGGAGCGGCCGUGGGUGUGGCCAUGGUUCUGAUUCUCCUGGUCGCCAUCCCUUUACUUGUCCACAGCACGAAGGGAGGAGGAGCUGGCAACGCAGGAAGCCAUUAUGAAAUGCUAGGAAGUUGUCGGAUGGUUUGUGACCCCUACACCACGUCUCAUGGCCAGGAGCUAACUGCGGUUUCCCCAGCACCUCCUGAUUUUCCAAACAGGAGGGGUAAAUCUGGUUAUCGUGGACCCCCAGGGAUCCCAGGACCACCUGGUCCACGAGGACAACCUGGAGAGCCAGGAAAGCCAGGUCCACAAGGGCCUCCCGGUCCUGGCCCUGGUGGUUAUGUGCCAUCAUUCUACAGUCCUAAGAUUGCUUUUUACGCUGGCCUACGCAAGCAACACGAUGGCCAUGAUGUACUCAAGUUUGAUGACGUGGUAACCAAUGUCGGCAACUAUUAUGAGCCCAGCACUGGCAAAUUCACAUGCCCUCUACCUGGCAUCUACUUCUUCACAUACCAUGUUCUGAUGAAAGGAGGGGAUGGGACCAGCAUGUGGGCAGACCUCAAGAAGAACGGACAGGUGAGGGCCAGCGCUAUCGCCCAGGAUGCUGAUCAGAAUUAUGACUAUGCCUCCAACAGCGUGAUCCUGCAUUUAGACGUGGGAGACGAGGUGUGUGUGCAGCUGGACGGAGGGAAAGUCCACGGCGGAAACACCAACAGAUACAGCACGUUCUCUGGCUUCCUCAUUUACCCCGACUGACCUGCUCGGUUUCUCCAUGAUGCUGCUCUGCACACAUACACACUGGAGAAGUACUGUGCAUAAACACACACAUUUCCAUAUACACUCAACAGGCUUGAGAGAAACAGACAAGGUUUGAUACGAAGUACAAGGGCUUCACAGAUGGGAACAAGCAAACUAUUACCUUCAUGGAUCAAGCGAAUUUCUGACACGCAGUUUGUAUGUGUGUAAAUUAUAAUUAUCUUCAACCUAAUACGAAGAUUUCCAAACUUCUCAAAAUUGAAAUGCAUAUAUAUAUAAAUGUCUAUAUCUAUCCUGGACUGUGACACUGGUAAAUUCUCAUCCCUUAUGUUUGUUUGUUAGUGUACUUGUUAAAUGAGUGUGUCCUUGUUCACUAUGAUUCACUGCAAAAAGAUUUCCUAGUCUUCUGAAAUUCAGUGCACUCUUCAAGUCAAAAAAACUUAACGUGCUUUAUGAUGUUUGGAUAACAGCUGCAUUUACACAUGGCUGAGCUUGAGACAAAAUCGGUUCCUAAAUGUACUUUUCACCUACUGGACAGCCAGUCAAAUAGCGUAGCACAGACGUAGCAUAAUACAACCACAUACUAUAUGCACGUGCACACUGCGCAGUCCUCUUGUUCAAUUCAUUUGACUUAAAGUUAUUUUUUUGGCUGCCUGUGUGGAAUCGGAAAUAUGGCUGGUGUGCGUGAACACACAGGAGCGAAAUUAAACACCCAACGGCUCAACAGAGCCACAUGGAUAGAUUUCCGAUAAGUGUUAAAGAACGUGGCCCAGACCAAAACAUUAAUAUAUUGAGCUGGACUGAGAUGACCCUUCAAUUCAAACCAGUAAGAUUCUUAAAUAAUAUGAUACUUUGCUUUUUGUGAGCAAAAUGUUUUCAGCAUAUAAAUAUGAUGUUUUAUUACUUUUUAAGGGGAAGAUGUUGUACCCCACUGGAGAGCUUAUUCUGUAAUAUAUAUGAAAAGAUUAAUUGCUGCUGCUUACCAUUAAACUUCAAGUGAACUUGAUUACAGUGUAAACAGUCUCAUCUGUUUUGAAAUCAAAUGAUGUGAAAUAUCACUCUUGACAUGAAACAUCAAUAUUACAGUUGCAAAAUAAUUAUUUUAAGUCUAGAUCAAAUUAACUCGA